ACACAAUUUACCUAGUCCUAGACGGUAGAUCCUAUAGUAUUACAAUUUACAGUAGACGCACUAGUCACUAUUGUUUGAGACACUACACAGUUAUUAGUCGCAUUCAGUCGAUUUCUCAAUCACGUGAACACUAAUACUGUUCACAUUGUAACAUUUAUUAUUUAUUAGUUGAUAUUAAAUUUACCCACAACUUGCUGCUACACAGUAUUUUAGUCGAUGCUUGCGGUUCAGCGACAUCUUUUACAAAUUGUACGGUCGAAUGUUCAUACUUUGAAUUGUACAUCACAUGAAUACAAUCGUAACUUAAAUAAUUAAUACAAUCGGGCUGUGAUUCUGGAGAAUAAUCAUGGCCGAAAGUUCGAGCCUGUGGACUACCAAACAAAGGAUUCGUCAUUUAGAUCUACCAAUCAAAAAUUUUGUCGAGAACGCAAUUCCUUACCAAGUGGAGACAUUGAAAACCUUAAAAUCUAAUCUUGCCAAGCAAAGACGUUUAGAAAACCGUAGCAGUAUGCGUCAAUUACAAAUGAAAGCUUCACAAUCCAUCAAACGCUCUACAGCAUUGCUUAGAGAAAUGGAUACCUUAAGAAAUCAAGUUGCUGAUGUUGAUCUACAAACUUUUGAUAACUUAAUGAAUCCAAGCAGGCAAUUGAUAUUGGAAGCAAUUGAUAUGUUUAAAAAUGAAGAUUUAUAUGAAUACAAAUCUAAUGCUGUGCUAGAAGAUAUGUAUAAAGACAAUACUGAACAAUUAGAAGCAGAAAAUCAAAAACGUAUGUUAUUAAUAUCUAUUGAAGAAGAAAAACAAAAACAGGAAAAAAUGUUGGCGAUUGAAUCCGAUGUUAAAAAUGUAGAGAAAGACAUACAAGGCAUUCAAGAUUUAUUUCGUGAUCUCAGUAAAUUAGUAAAUGAUCAAAAAGAAGAUGUUGAAAAGGUUGAAGCUCAUACUGAGACAACUCAAGAAAAUGUAAUUCAAGCUGAACAGUCAUUACGUAAAGCAGCAAAAUUGAAGAAAAUGUCUUAUCCACUUAUUGGAGCUGUGGUUGGGUCUUGUGUUGGAGGUCCAUUAGGAUGUUUAGCUGGUGCUAAAGUUGGAGUAUUUGCCACUGUUACCUGUUUUGUAUUAGGAUUUACUGGUGGAAAAGUACUCAAGGAUAAAUCUAAUGCUGUGGAAGAAACAGAUAACACAACCAAUAUUUUAAUUAAUCAAACAGUAAAAUCGCAUACCGAAUAAGUGAUUUUAAUGAGAUUAUAAUGACAAAUUGAGAUUGAAAUGAGUAGAAAUGGACAAUAGUUUACUGACAUUAUCCAGUUUAUAUAUUUUAAUUACUUUAUAUUUUUAUAAGUCUAUGUAUGUUAUAUAUAUUUUUUUAAUUAUAUUUGUCUAAAGAUAAUUAAAUAAAA